CUGCUCUCAUUUCGUUCCUCUUAGUCCAGCCAACAGGACAACAGGAAAGGGAAGGAUGAAGCCGCUGGUUGUAGUUGCACUGGUGCUGGUGGUGCUGUCUGUCCUAGACAGGGUGGAUUCCUCAGCCUAUGACAAGAUAGUGUCCCACAGCCGGAUCAGGGCGAAGAAGGAGGGGCCCAAUGUCUGCGCUCUCCAGCAGGUCUCAGGGACAAAGAAGAAGUACUUCAGCACCUGCCGGAACUGGUACCAGGGGACCAUCUGUGGAAAGAAGGCGCCGGUGCUGUAUGAAUGCUGCCCUGGAUACAUGAAGCUGGAUGGGAUGCGUGGAUGCCCCGCAGUGGCCCCCAUUGACCACGUGUACGGCACACUGGACCUUGUCGGAGCCCGCACCACCCAGAGGUAUUCUGAUAGCUCCAAGUUGAGGGAGGAGAUUGAGGGACCUGGAUCAUAUACCAUGUUUGCUCCCAGCAAUGAAGCUUGGGAACUCUUAGACCCUACCAUAAGGAGUGCCCUGGAGGACAACGUGAAUAUUGAACUCUAUAACGCUCUCCAUUAUCACAUGGCCAACAAGCGUCUUCUGACCAAAGACCUGAGGAACGGCAUGAAGAUCACCUCCAUGUACAACGAUCUUGAGCUUAUCAUCAACCACUACCCCAAUGGGGUCGUCACGGUAAACUGCGCCAGGAUUAUUCAUGGAAACCAAGUGUCCACCAAUGGAGUAGUGCAUGUCAUCGAUCGUGUCAUCACCAGCGUGGGCAACACCAUCCAGGACAUCGUCGAACUUGACCCUGAUCUCAGCUCCUUAAGCACAGCAGCCACGGCGUCUGGCCUGCUGGAUAAACUGGGCGAGCCAGGCCACUUCACCCUCUUCGCGCCCACUGAUGAGGCGUUCAAGAAGCUGGACCGGGAAGUGCUAGAGAGGAUCAUGGGAAACAAAGGUGCCCUCCAAGCUCUGCUGAAUUUCCAUCUCCUGGAUUCAGUGUUGUGCUCUGAAGCCAUUAUGGCUGGUGCCUCCUACGAGACGCUUGAGGGUCACAACAUCGAGAUCGGCUGUGAUGGCGAGAGCCUAACCAUUAACGGUGUCAAGAUGGUGCUGAAGAAGGACAUCGUCACCAGUAACGGCGUCAUCCACCUCAUUGACCAGGUCCUCAUGCCUGAUUCAGCCAAACAGGUGAUGGAGUUGGUCGGUACCUCUCAGUCUAUGUAUGGUGACAUGGUGUCUGAACUUGGUCUGGUGUCCCUGAUGAGACCCAACAUGGAAUACACACUCCUAGCCCCUUUCAACGCAGCCUUCAGUGAUGAGGUGAUGGCCAUGGACCAAGAUGAACUACGGGUCAUCCUGGAGAAUCACAUUCUGAAGAAGAAACUGGUCCUGAGCCAGUUGUACAAUGGCCAACGCCUGGAGACCAUUAGUGGCAAAUGGUUGAGGGUUUUCAUUUAUCGCACAGCUGUCUGCAUCGAGAAUGCCUGCAUGGUGAGGGGCAGCAAAGAAGGCAGCAAUGGCGCCCUGCACCUCCUGAGAACCUUCAUCAAGCCAGCUGACAGCAACAUGUUCCAGGUCCUGAGAUCCAGCGGGAAAUUCAAGAUAUUCCUGUCCUUGAUGGAAGCCGCGGGUCUGACUGAGUUGCUGCAGCAGGAGGGCGACUAUACACUGUUUGCCCCUACUGAUGACGCCUUCAAAGGGCUGAGCCAACAAGACAUCGCACUCUUAAAACGUGACGUGAACGCCCUGAGGACCAUCCUUCUGUACCACAUCAGUAACGGCAUCUUCAUUGGUGGAGGCUUAGAGGGCGGAGUCACCAACCUGCUCAAAUCCCUGCAGGGAAGAAAUCUGCGAGUGCUGCUUAACAAUACCAUACAAGUGAAUUCUAUCGAGGUCUCUGAUCCGGACGUCAUGGCUUCAAACGGAGUAGUUCACUACAUGCAAACUUUCAUUUACCCUGAAGAUGAGCCAGUUGGAAGCCAAGAGCUGCAGAACCUUUUAAGGAGAGUCGUCAGGCACGUCCAGAUCAAGUAUGUUCCUGGGUACAGAUACAAAGAGAUUCCUCUGACUUUCUUGAAGCGGACUGUCACCCGUGUGAUUCAUGAUCAGAGACCCAGGUACCGUGACAGGACGCAGAACCGCUUUUUCCGUGAAGUUUCAGGGGAUCCGACCAUCACCAAGGUCACAAGAGUCAUUGAAGGGGAACCGACCAUCACCAAGGUCACAAGAGUCAUUGAAGGGGAGCCAACCAUCACCAAGGUGACCAGAGUCAUUGAAGGGGAACCGACCUUCACCAAGGUCACAAGAGUCAUUGAAGGGGAACCGGCAAUCACAAAAGUUACCAGAGUCAUCCAAGGUACACCCUGAAAUAAAAGUGUGAAGGGGGAAACAGGAGGAGAACGAGACUGGCCCGGCCCUACCGGGAGCGCACACAUUGAGCAGAACCAUACGAGGACACCCUCCAGCUAAAUGAGACAAGAACCAGGAAUUAAUUCACCAAAUGAACCCUGACCUCAAAGCCCCAAGCUGUGGGAAUGGUUGUGAUUGAUCAGGAACUCAGCUUCAGCUCAGAAAUCCAACGUAUACAAGCGUUAUAAAAUGAAACAACGAAUAGAAUAACCCGGAACAUGGUGCUAGAACAGCAUAAUGUACAAUAUAUGACGACAAAGCCUGUCUAAGAAGUGAUACCAGCUUUGAUCAGUUUUACAUUUAUUUAAACUGGUCAUUAAAUCCAACAUUUUAUUACUGAGAUCUUGAAAUUCCACUUGAAUCCAUGUGAAUGUUAGAACUUUGUGUUAGCCUUUCUGAAAAUGCAUUUAUUUCAAUAUAAAUAUGAAUUCGAACAGUGUCUUUAAGAAUUACCUUAGGGUUACCUGAUUGUGUGAGGUGAACAAAUAUUACAAGUGGCUUUGUUUUUAUUAUUAUUAUUAUUAUUAUUAUUAUUUUAUUGCAGGCAGUACUCUACAGAUACUCUCUAUAGUUUUAUAAAUGGCAGGCUAACACAAAUAGACAUGUAAAGUUGAACUGGAGAGACAAAGUAUCCUGAAAAAGAUCUAGAAUUCAUUGUGUUUCACAGACAUUUUAGCAAAACAUUGGUAAGUGCAAAGAUGAGGGCCAACAGGACUGUUUACCUCUGUAAUUGUGAUUUUGGGGUGCUUGCGUUCAAAACCUUGAAUGCCUCUUUUCAUCUUCAUCGAUUUUCAAGCCUUUCUUUUUGACGCCGCUUAGCUCCUCUUAGACACAAAGCCAGUCACCUUUUUCGAAAGUAAAUGAUUCGCAAAGUAUCCUGAGCUAUAUGUCUUGUGCUUAAUCGUAAUUUCAUUCUUGUCGUAAUUAUGCUUGUUCUUUUAUUGCUGAAUCAAGUUGCCGACUGAAUCAGUGCUGCCACUUUAGCUUGAAACAUUUAACGAUAUUUUUGGAAGCUGGCGUUUAGCAGUAAUUGUCUUUCGGAUUUUUAUCCUGUCACUGCUUAACUAUCCAUAAACAUGUUCCAAUAAUUCCAAUAAAUCUUUUCCUGAAAA